AUGGAACGGGGAGAGAGAGCACGCGGCAGAAGCAGGAUGAUCGCUGCCUGUGGUCGUGAUCCUAAUGGCUGUCCAGACAAGACUCGCUGCGACGAGCAACGAGAUAGAGAUAGAGCUACUUUGAUGUCUGUAGAAGACAGAGAUGAUACUGUUAUUCUGAUCCUAGAAAUCUACAAAGGAGAGAGUGGUGGUGGAGGUAAAGGUGGAGAGACACCCCAGACUCAGGAUAUAGAUCUAGAUAGAGACUCGCCUGCUCAGCGACGACGACGAGGUGAUGAAGCCUUUACCAUGAUUGAAGAUGCCAAAGAAGACUCCAGCAUGACUCUCCGGCCUCUUCCAAGCCGAAUUCACGUCUCUUCUCCCUCCGUCGGCCUCUCUAGCAACCAGCAUCACCGCCUGAAGUCCCCAGGCAGGCCAGACAAGAAGAGACGAGAAUGA